CUUAUAUAAUCUUGAUUAAUACUUCACCAACCACUGACAUAUUAUUCAAAUCUCACAAAGCGUGGCCUCAAAGAAACACUACCACGACUUUUUUUUCUUAUCCUUCUCUUCACCUCUUUUAAUAACUUCAAUUUCUAUCUUCAAUCUUUUCCUCUUUCGUUUAACAAAACAGAGUAAAACUAAACCGGAUUAAACCGGAAGCAGCCAUGUUCGUCAAGCUCAAGCUCAUCUUCUUCUUCUUCCUACUCUGUCAAAUUAUGAUUUCUUCCUCUCAAAAUCUCAACUUCACCUACAAUGGUUUCCAUCCUCCAUUAACAGAUAUCUCACUCCAAGGUCUCGCAACAGUAACACCCAAUGGUCUCUUGAAGCUUACCAACACAUCGGUACAAAAAACCGGUCACGCCUUCUGUACUGAACGAAUCCGGUUCAAAGAUUCCCAAAACGGCAACGUAUCAUCCUUCUCCACAACCUUCGUCUUCGCGAUACAUUCUCAGAUCCCAACACUAAGCGGCCAUGGAAUCGCCUUCGUUGUAGCUCCAACGCUAGGUCUUCCUUUUGCACUUCCUAGUCAAUACAUCGGUCUCUUCAACAUCUCUAACAAUGGUAACGACACGAAUCACAUCUUUGCCGUCGAAUUCGAUACAAUCCAGAGUAGCGAGUUUGGAGAUCCAAACGAUAAUCACGUCGGAAUCGAUCUCAACGGUUUACGAUCGGCGAAUUACUCGACGGCGGGAUAUAGGGAUGAUCACGAUAAGUUUCAGAAUCUGAGUUUGAUUAGUCGCAAACGGAUCCAAGUUUGGAUCGAUUACGAUAAUCGUAGUCAUCGAAUUGAUGUCACCGUGGCUCCGUUUGAUUCUGAUAAACCUAGAAAACCUCUAGUUUCGUAUGUGAGAGAUCUUUCUUCGAUUCUUCUAGAAGAUAUGUAUGUAGGUUUCUCAUCUGCGACUGGUUCAGUUCUCUCGGAGCAUUUCUUAGUCGGAUGGAGUUUCCGGUUAAACGGAGAAGCUCCGAUGCUCUCGUUAUCGAAACUCCCGAAGCUUCCUCGAUUUGAGCCUAGAAGAAUCUCUGAAUUCUACAAAAUCGGUAUGCCUUUGAUUUCACUAUCUCUGAUCUUCUCUAUCAUCUUCCUCGCUUUCUACAUCGUGAGGAGGAAGAAGAAGUACGAGGAAGAGCUUGAUGAUUGGGAAACAGAGUUUGGGAAGAAUCGAUUCAGAUUCAAGGAGCUCUAUCACGCGACCAAAGGUUUUAAGGAGAAGGAUCUUCUCGGCUCCGGUGGAUUUGGGAGAGUUUACAGAGGCAUUUUACCAACGACGAAGCUUGAAGUCGCUGUGAAGAGAGUCUCACAUGAUUCAAAACAAGGUAUGAAAGAGUUUGUGGCGGAGAUUGUGAGUAUUGGUAGGAUGAGUCACCGGAAUUUAGUUCCUCUCUUGGGUUACUGUCGCCGGAGAGGAGAGCUUCUUUUGGUUUACGAUUACAUGCCUAAUGGGAGCUUAGAUAAGUAUCUUUACAACAAUCCGGAGACUACCUUAGAUUGGAAACAAAGAUCUACGAUUAUCAAAGGAGUUGCUUCAGGAUUGUUCUAUCUUCAUGAGGAAUGGGAACAAGUUGUGAUUCACCGUGACGUGAAAGCUAGCAAUGUUCUGUUAGAUGCUGAUUUCAAUGGUAGACUCGGUGAUUUUGGGUUGGCUCGGUUGUAUGAUCACGGCUCGGAUCCUCAGACCACUCACGUUGUUGGAACAUUGGGUUACUUAGCACCUGAACAUUCCCGGACUGGACGUGCCACUACCACGACUGAUGUCUAUGCGUUUGGUGCGUUUCUUUUAGAAGUUGUUUCCGGUAGACGACCCAUCGAGUUCCAUAGUGCAAGCGAUGAUACGUUCUUGCUUGUGGAAUGGGUUUUCAGUUUGUGGCUCAGAGGUAACAUAAUGGAAGCGAAAGAUCCGAAGCUCGGUUCUUCAGGUUAUGAUCUUGAAGAGGUUGAAAUGGUAUUGAAACUCGGUCUGUUGUGUUCGCAUUCAGACCCUCGGGCUAGACCAAGUAUGAGGCAGGUCUUACAAUAUCUAAGAGGAGACAUGGCACUGCCUGAAUUAACGCCCUUGGAUUUGUCGGCGGGGAGCGUGAUGAAUCUGGGAGGCCGGGACGGUUUUAGCGGUAUUGCAAUGACUGAUUUUUCCACUGUGUUUAAAGGGUUUACCGGCGGAUCUUCCAUUGCUGACUCUCUACUCUCCGGUGGGAGGUGAUGUUUGAUGUUCCAACUCUAGCAAUGUUUUAUGUUUAUAGUUUUUUUAAAAAAGGUUUACUAAUACGGAUCAUGUACAUACAUUUUUGCCUUUGUAUGGAAUAUAUAAUUGAGUUUUUUGUGAUAUCUUAUAAGAAUUUAUAGAGUAUGAAGAUUAUGAUUGCGAUAGUGGAUUCAGUAUCAA